AUGGAGGGCGGAGAAGGAUCCGGUGGCGGCGGCGAGCCGACCAAGUACCGCGGGGUGCGCCGCAGGCCGUGGGGCAAGUUCGCCGCGGAGAUCCGGGACUCGAGCCGGCACGGCGUGCGCAUGUGGCUCGGCACCUUCGACACCGCCGAGGAGGCCGCGGCCGCCUACGACCGCUCCGCCUACUCCAUGCGCGGCCGCAACGCCGUGCUCAACUUCCCCGACCGGGCGCACGUCUACGAGGCCGAGGCCAGGCGCCAGGGCCAGGGCUCUUCGUCGUCGGCGAGGCAGCAGAAUCAGCAGCAGCAGCAGGGGCAGAGCGGGGUGAUCGAGUUCGAGUACCUGGACGACGACGUGCUGCAGUCCAUGCUCCACGACCACGACAAAUCCAACAAGUAG